UGCAUAAUUGUCUGAUGUGGAGCUGGUGUGCUUGAAAGCUAUUAUUUUUGUGGAGUAACAAACUGGCAGCCCUGGAGUGUUUUCUGCUUGUUUUUAGCUCAGCACUGAUCAUCUUUUUUUAAUGUGGAUGUGUCUGUGUAUUUUACAAGCCAGACAAUAAAUGAUUCAGGAUAGUUAUUAGUCUAGUGGCAUUGCUUCUAGCAUUGUAACUGCCGGUCAAACAGGUGAACACACUCCAGCCUCAUUUUGUGGGAUUUUUCUGAAAACACAAUGUUGAGAAUCUUCAGCAGAAUUAUGGUGAAGGUGGGGAAGAUGAAUCAUUCAGACCAGGUCAGAUCUUGUCAGUUAGUGAAGCCUGUACAAGUGAUUCUUGUUAGUGACAGAUGCUUGAACCAGCAGAAGGGACUUCCCAGGGUACCUGUCCCUCCCUUGUGGAAAACUUGUGAGGGCUACCUCAGUGCCCUGGAGCCCAUCAUAGAAGAGGAUGAGUUGAAGCGAGCAAAACAGCUGGUGGAGGUGUUUAUGAAAGGAGGAGGGGUUGGAGAGGAACUGCAGAGAAGCCUGGAGAGGAAAGCAUGCAACACUGACAACUGGACGGCAGACCUGUGGGGGAAGUUGGAAUACUUUGAGAACCGGAGCCCUGUGGUGAUUAACACAAAUCUUCCGAUUGUGUGUCCUCGACUGGACUUCAGAGAUAAGCAGGGACAAAUUAGGUGUGCAGCCAAAAUAAUAAUAGCUCUUUUGGAAUUUAAGACAACCAUUGAAAACCCACCUUGGUUUACCGAUGGAGGCUGUGUCUUUUGCAGUGAGACAUUACCAGCUGAGAAUCUGGGAGGGAAACCUCUGUGUAUGGAGCAAUAUUCCCAGUUGCUGUCAACCUGCCGCAUCCCAGGUCUGGUAAGGGACUCGGUGGUGUUCCAUGCCAAGAGCGCCAAUCCACCUAAACACAUCACAGUGGUAUAUAACUUUCAGUUCUUUGUGGUGGAGGUCUACCACAAUGAUGGGACUUCGCUGACAGUUGAUCAGCUUUGUGUUCAGAUGGAGAGAAUCUGCAACUUCACAUCAGCGACUAACACGGAGCCUGUCGGUAUCCUCACCACCCUGAAUCGUGACUCCUGGAGCAAAGCAUAUCUCAGUCUGAUGAAAGAUCAAACAAACAAAGAAUCUCUGUCAGCUAUUGAAAGGAGCAUCUUCACAUUGUGUUUGGAUAGAGCCAUACCUCGAGAGUCUGACAAGUACUGCACAUGUGAUUUCCACCUAAUAACACAUGGAGGAGGCAGCCAGUGGAAUAGUGCCAACCGCUGGUUUGACAAGUCACUGCAGAUAAUUGUUGCAGAAGACGGGUCAUGGGGUUUAAAUCUGAUUCAUAUUGUUACUGAUGGUACAGUUAUUAUGGCUUUCACUGACUAUCUUGUCGCUUACAUGAAGAAGCCAGAGAUGAUCCAAGCUUCCAUUCUGCCUUUACCUAUGCCCCAGAAACUACACUUCAGUGUCACUCCUGAUAUCAAAGAGAUCAUUGAGCAGGCUAAAAGGAGCAUGGACGGAAACAUCCGAAACUUUGGUCUGAGUGUUAUGGUUUUUGACCACUUUGGGAAAAAUGAUCUGAAGGCCCACAACAUGAGCCCUGAUGCUUUCAUCCAAAUGGCCAUACAGCUGGCCUACUACAGGAUGAAUAAGCAGGUCUGUGCAUCGUAUGAAGCUGUUAGCCAGCGAAUGUUCAGGCAUGGACGUGUGUCCUUACUGCUUUCGACGACAAGUGUCUCAGCUGCCUUUGUCAAGGCCUUUGAUGACCCUGAAAAGCAGAACACAGAGAAGAUUGAUCUGUUGCAAAAAGCCAUAAAAACACACAAAGAGAAUAUUAAAGUGGUAACUGGAGGACAUGACAUUGUAGCCCAUAUCAUUGCUCUCAGUUUGCAAGCUGUUGAGAAUAAAAUCCCCAUGCCUGACAUCUUCAGAGACAUCUCAUACAAGAAAUUCCUUAACUACCAACUCACCACAAGUCAAGUGACAUCCAAUACUGGCUCUGUGGCAGUCCAUCAGGUUGAUGAAUGCUUUGGAUACAGUUCGUGCUACAGUGUACAUAACAGUCACUUCGUCAUUGAGAUGGCAGCUUCCAACACAGACAAAAGACGAAGCACACAUCAUCUGAUCCAAAAUAUGAAGGAUGCACUAUUGGACAUGAGGGCCUUGCUGGAACAAACUCCAAGAGCAACUUAAAAAUCAUCCAUAGCUAAACUCUCACCUUACUCUGCAUUGGCAUUUUUAAAAAAAAUUGAAUGUUAAUUCUUUAUUACACUGUCUUACUGUUAACUCAAAAGAGGUGGGGGAUUAAAUAUUUAUGUGUAAGAAUCAAUUUUUUGAGGGGGAGAGGGAUUUCUCAUCACCUCUUUUAUUACUUGCUCAAAAAUGAGAAAUUCCAUUUUAGAUUUCAGUUUUGAGAAAAGAACUUGCAGAGACCGGGCAGUCCUGUGAGUGAUCUGUGGUAGGUAGGCUGGAGCAGGCAGUGUCAUGGCACACGUAGAUGCUAAACACAAAGACACAUCUGAGGAAAAUCCUUACACAAAAAACACUAGGGCUGUGUCCGAAUUCAGGGGAAGGAUGCUCAUAAGGACACUACCUACGUCACAAGGUAGU